AUGGCGUUUUGCUGCGUCUCGCUCAGCGGGCAGCUCUUACAACGGAGAGGGGAGAUGGAUGCGUUGAAAGAAGAAUUGGAAAAACUGAAGAAAAGGGAAGAGGAAAAGAACAACAGAGAGAUGAAGAAGAAGAAGAAGCGGAGGAUGGUGGGGUGGUUUUAG